GGGCGCGGCGCCUGAUCGCCCCGUCGCUCCGUGUGCUCGUUCUCCAUGGCCGCCCCGCUCUGCCCGCUCCGCACCCUCGGCCGGGUCACGCUCCGUCCCCGCAGCCGCCGCCUGCACCUCAGCGCACCCAGAGAUGAUGCAGUUGUGAUUUCUGGAAGGAAGCUGGCCCGGCAGAUCAGACAAGAAGCCCGUCAUGAAGUUGAACAGUGGGUAGCAGCUGGGAACAAGAGACCUCACCUCAGCGUGGUUCUGGUUGGGGAAAAUCCUGCAAGUCACUCGUAUGUGCUCAACAAAACCAAAGCGGCUGCUGAUGUUGGAAUCAGCAGUGAAACAAUCCUGAAGCCAGCUUCAAUUACUGAGGAGGAGCUACUGGAUUUGAUCAGCAAACUAAAUAACGACGCCAACGUGGACGGCCUGUUAGUGCAGCUUCCUUUACCUGAACACAUUGAUGAGCGGAAGAUUUGCAAUGCUGUGACUCCAGACAAAGACGUUGAUGGCUUUCAUGUAAUAAAUGUGGGACGCAUGUGCCUUGACCAGUACUCCAUGCUUCCAGCCACUCCAUGGGGAGUGUGGGAGAUCAUAAAGAGAACGGGCAUACCAACACUGGGGAAGAACGUGGUGGUGGCUGGCCGGUCAAAGAACGUGGGGAUGCCCAUUGCCAUGUUGCUGCACACAGAUGGCAGGCAUGAGCGGCCAGGAGGUGAUGCCACGGUAACAAUAUCACACCGCUACACUCCCAAAGAGCAGCUGAAACAACACACGAUCCGUGCUGACAUCGUGGUAGCAGCAGCAGGUAUUCCUAAUCUGAUCACAGCUGACAUGAUCAAAGAAGGAGCUGCAGUUAUCGAUGUGGGGAUAACCAGAGUGCAGGAUCCUAUCACUGCCAAAUCAAGGCUGGUUGGGGACGUGGAUUUUGAAGGGGUGAAGAAGAAAGCCAGUUACAUCACUCCUGUCCCUGGGGGAGUUGGGCCCAUGACAGUUGCCAUGCUGAUGAAGAACACCAUCAUAGCUGCCAAGAAGCUGUUGAAGCCCAAAGCACUGGAAGCCUUAACUGCUUAACACAGGACUCUCUUCUUAGCUCUGAAAACAACAUUCCAAGAUGACUCCUAGACAGGCCGAUAGAAAAUGCAAUAUUUUAUUUAUUGUACAGAGGUGGUAUUUACUACUCUGAGGUCAUAAAUAUUUAUUUGAAGCUGAAGCAUAUGCAUAUUAGCUGUAAUAAGGCAUAUGCAUCUACACUCCUGGCCUUCUAGCACAGCUGCUUUCUAAGCCAGUGCUUCUCUAAAGGAACCAGCCUUACAUACUGUGGUGUUCUUGCAGGGACUGAGCAGCAGUGGAGACCCUCUGGGUGUGCAGAGCUUGCUGCAGCAUUAGCAGUCCUUGGAGUGGAAUGGUGUGUGUUCCAUGGUGCAAAAAGAAUGGCCUUCAUGGUUUUGUUCUCACAAAUGCUCAGUCCAGACUGUGCUCUGAAGCAUUUAACUCUGUGAUGGGUGUUCAGUUGGAGUCGAGCUCUUCUGUAGAAGCAGCAACUGGAGAAAGCCACGUUCUCAGCCUGGAUGGGGCUCUGGGCAGUGGUAGAUCAGGUAUCCUUAGGAAGACUGAGCCCACCUUUCUGGGUGCCAGCAAGCUUUGCUGUGGAGCUGAAGGUCUGUUGCCAUCCAAGAGCUGCAGCCACCUGCCAAAGUCACCUCUAAUUGCUCUUCCCUGGAGGGGAGGAUGCUCAAAUAAAUGCUAACCGAGGAGCACCUGGAAAGGCAAGCUGAGGUUCAAAUAGCUGAGGCUGCAUGAGAAACACAGUAAGAGCUGAGAUUUUAAGUGAGAUUUAUUGGAUUGUAUCACUGGUAAAUACAAAAUGGCUAAUAGUAGUGCUGUAACAGGGCUGGCAAAUCUGUGACGCUCCAGUAUUUCAUAUACAAAAAGUAUAAACCAUGUGUGAGACUUGCAAAAUGGAUAAAUUGAAACAAGCUGUGCUCUAGAAGGGUCUGAGCUGAGGCUUCAGCUGUGCCCUAUGGAACAGCCCCCAGAGCCCACGAAGCCUUUCCAGGGCUGCUGUGUAAUAAAGAGCUGACAUAGUGGAUAAAGCAAAUUAACUGUGGUGGAGUGAUUACAAGCAGAAAACCUACCUGUGCCAUGCUUCAGCUACCACACGUGAGACUGGUACAAAAAUACUACAAAACAGACACAAUGCACCCAAGCUGAAAUAGCUCUUAAUGUUAACGUCAAGCUAAA